AUGUCAGAAAAUGACGACAUUUCAGAAAUUGAUAAUAAUAAUAUUCUAAUUGAUAAAUUAUUCAAACUAUUGAUUAAAAUAGUAAAUGAAGGUAAAAAUUUUGAUGAAACGAAGGAUUUUCUUAAUAAAUGCAUUAUACUUUCUGCUCGAUCAACUGAUGACAUUUUCAACUGGCUUAAUGAAAAUCAAAAUGAAUCAAAGAAUAUUUUUUUCCUUGGAAUCUUUUCUUAUUACAAUAUGCUCAGCUUAGAUGAAAAUAAUUAUGAAGGAUUUAUGUGUUUCCUAAAAUCUGCAAACGACUAUCCGAUUGCGCAACUAUAUUUGAUUAUCUUUGCACUUGAAAAUAUUCAUAAUCAAGGAAUUAUUCAUCGAGAUUUUCAUAGUGGAAAUAUUCUCUGUGAAAAUAAAUAUGAUAACUAUGAUAUUGUAAUUAAUGAUUUAGGAAUUAGUAAAUUAUCAACUGAAGUAUCAGAAAAUGACAAUAAUUAUUAUGGAAUUAUUCCUUAUAUUGCUCCAGAGAUUUUUCAAGGAAAAAAAACUAAUAAAUAUACUAAAGCCUCAGAUAUUUAUAGUUUUAGUAUAAUUAUGUGGGAACUAAUGACAGGUAGAAGGCCUUUUUUAAAUAGAGAUUAUGAUACAUCACUUAUUAUUGAAAUUAUUGAUGGUUUACGUCCUCCAAUUAAUACAAAUGCACCAGAAGGCUAUAUUAAAAUAAUGCAAGAAUGUUGGCAUUAUAAUCCAAAUAAAAGACCAACAGCUA